AGGAUCGCCCACCCAGGAGUGGAGACAAGAACUAAAGAGGCUGGAACACUAAGAAAAAGACAUGCUGGUGGCAAGCGGUCAAGGCUAGACUAUGAUGUCCAACAGCUCGUUUCCAGAUUCCCACUUGUAGACAUUUUGCCAGUUACUGGCAGGCACCUCCCCUCUUUCCCUUUCUCAUCCCCAACAAAUGCAGGAGCCCCAGGGAAAUCCAUGACUGUGGCUGAAUCAGUCCUAACAAUGAGCCAGAAAGGGGACGGUGAUGAAAGGACUUAGAAGAGAAAGCUGGUCUUCUUGGUUUUUCAAAAUAACUGAAGAAUGAGGAUGGUGUGAAACAGGAUGCAGUGGGGGUGGGACAUCCAGAUACCUCUCGUCGCUGCACAAAUGGACAUUUGAAAGCACUGUUGUCAAACUCUCGCGAGCAUGGAGACCUCAUCGGUGCUGUCCUCACUGAACGAUGAGUGUAAAUCAGACAAUUACAUUGAACCUCACUACAAGGAAUGGUAUCGAGUGGCUAUUGAUACACUGAUUGAACAUGGGUUAGAAGCAUAUCAUGAAUUUCUUGCCAAGGAACGAGUCUCAGACUUUCUAGCUGAGGAAGAAAUUAAUUAUAUUUUGAAAAAUGUCCAGAAAGUUGCACAAAGUACGGCCCAGGGUACUGAUAAUUCCUGUGAUGACACCUCAUCUUCAGGGACUUACUGGCCCAUUGAAUCUGAUGUAGAAGCUCCAAAUCUUGACUUAGGCUGGCCGUAUGUGAUGCCCGGACUCUUAGGGGGGACCCAGAUAGAACUCCUCUUUCAUCCGCCAAGAGCACACCUACUUACAAUCAAGGAAACUAUUCGGAAGAUGAUAAAAGAAGCAAGAAAGGUUAUUGCUUUAGUGAUGGAUAUAUUUACAGAUGUGGACAUUUUCAAAGAAAUAGUGGAGGCAUCAACUCGAGGGAUAUCUGUAUACAUCCUGCUCGAUGAAUUCAACUUUAAUCAUUUCCUAAGUAUGACUGAGAAACAGGGCUGUCAAGUUCAACGUCUCAGGAAUAUUCGAGUGCGGACAGUAAAAGGCCAAGACUAUCUUUCAAAAACAGGAGCAAAAUUUCAUGGAAAAUUGGAACAGAAAUUUUUGUUAAUUGAUUGUCAGAAAGUUAUGUACGGUUCUUACAGCUACAUGUGGUCAUUUGAAAAAGCUCACCUCAGCAUGGUUCAGAUAAUCACAGGACAACUUGUUGAGUCCUUUGAUGAAGAAUUUAGAACUCUCUAUGCCAGAUCCUGUGUCCCCAGUUCAUUCGCUCAGGAAGAAUCGGCAAGGGUGAAGCAUGGCAAAGCACUCUGGGAGAAUGGCACUUACCAGCGUUCGGUUUCUUCAUUAGCCUCCAUUUCCAGCCAAAGAAACCUUUUCGGUAGACAAGACAAAAUCCAUAAACUAGAUUCUAGUUACUUUAAAAACAGAGGGAUAUAUACCCGAAAUGAACAUGACAAAUAUAACGUAAGAAAUCAUGUGUACAAACCUCAUUUUCUUCCAAACUUUAACGGCCCCAAUACCAUCCGUCAGUAUCAACCCAGUCAGAUGAAUGAAAAUUGGAAGCGGCAUAGUUAUGCUGGGGAACAGCCGGAAACGGCACCCUACCUGCUGCUUAACAGGGCUCUGAAUCGAAACAUUCACCCUCCCAGUAGCUGGAAAAGGCCUUCAGAUAGUCUCAGUGUGACGUCCUCAUCCCGCGGGGACUAUGCAAGCCACCAUAACCCACCUGCCCAGAGCUUUGCUGACCGGCUUGCCCAGAGGAAAACAACAAAUCUUGCAGAAAGGAAUUCAAAUGUGCGGAGGUCUUUUAACGGGACAGAUAAUCAUGUCCGCUUUUUGCAACAACGAAUGCCAACCCUUGAACACACCACCAAGUCAUUCCUGCGUAACUGGAGAAUUGAAUCUUACUUAAAUGAUCAUUCAGAAGCUGCACCUGAGUCAAAUGGAUCGACUCUAGGUGACCGGUUUGAGGGCUACGAUGGUUCCGAGAAUUUGAAAGCCAAUGCCCUUUAUACUCACUCUCGGCUUCGUUCCUCUUUUGUGUUUAAACCCACGUUACCUGAGCAGCAGGAAGUUAACAGUUGUACAACUGGCUCCUCAAAUUCAACUAUCAUUGGUUCUCAGGGAAGCGACACACCUAAAGAGGUCCCAGACACCCCUGCAAGUGUACAGCAUUUGACAGACAAACCCUUGCCGGAAUCAAUCCCCAAGGCCCCCUCGCCCUCAGAGGCACCAAAAAUGCACACCUUGCAGCUUCCUGAAGACCACUCACCAGUCCUAAACCAAACUGCAAAUGGCCAUAUGGAGUCAAACAACUAUUUAUAUACGACCUUGUGUGUAAAUAAGCAGACCGAAAAUCUCAAGAAUCAACAAAAUGAGAAUCUGCUUAAAAGGCGAAGUUUCCCAUUCUUUGACCACUCAAAAGCCAAUUUAGAUCAUGGAAAUAGUAAGCAGUAUGUAUACAGUACACUUACCAGGAAUCGAGUGAGACAACCCGAAAAGCCCAAAGAGGAUUUGCUGAAAAGUUGUAGAAGCAUGCACAGUGUGACCCGUGGCACAGAAGAGGAGAGGGAGGUUAUCAAGAGAGACGCUGCGAGCGGAACUGCUUCCAAGUCCAUUUCCAUUGCUGCUUUGCAUGAUGUGAAUAAGGAGGAAGCUAACAAGGAACUCACUUCAAAGAAGGAAGUUAAGGGCUCCCCAAGUUUUUUGAAAAAGGGCUCUCAGAAGUUAAGGUCGUUACUUAGCCUUACCCCAGAGAAGAAAGAAAAUCUAUCCAAAAAUAAAGCGCCUGCCUUUUACAGAAUGUGUAGCAGUUCUGACACCUUAGUUUCUGAGGCUGAAGAGAAUCAAAAACCAAAAAAAUCAGAAUCCAAACUUGAGUCAUCUCCUAGAAGAAAGCGUUCUUCCUCAUCAAACUCUCCAGGCAGCAUCCACAAGAGUAAGGAAGAUGUAACAGUUAGCUCAUCUCAGGGCAUAAACUCCCCAUCCGAUGAAAGUAACAAAAUCAUACCUUCUCCAGGUCCAGCUGAGCGCAAGUUCUUGGAAAGGGCGGGCGAUGCCUCUGCCCCAAGAUUUAACACCGAACAGAUCCAGUACCGUGAUUCGAAGGAGAUGAAUGCAGUUGUUGCUCCUGAGAGAAAACCAGCUGCUUCUCCAAGGCUAAAGCCCAACGAGCUUCUAAGAACUCAUUCAAUGGACCGGCGCGUUUAUAGUCGUUUUGAGCCAUUCUGUAAGAUUGAAAGCUCUAUUCAGCCAACAAGCAACAUGCCCAACGCCGGUAUACACCGCCCAGAAAUAAAAUCCACAGCUAUAGGUAAUAGUUAUGGCAGGUCCAGCCCAAUACUUAAUUACAACACUGGCGUUUAUCACUCAUACCAACCAAAUGAAAACAAGUUUCGAGGAUUUAUGCAGAAGUUUGGAAACUUCAUACACAAGAAUAAAUGAAAUACUGUAAUUGCAAAUACAUAUUAAAAUAUAAAAUGAAUGUGGCUAUAAAUAUUGUCAAAGGACAUUGGGGACAGUUUUUGUAACAUGCCAAUAGAUUUCGAUAGGGGCAGAAUUUGGGGUAUAACGUGUAUGUUUACCAAUGUAUAAUGUACAGUAAAGUUAUUGUUCUGUGUGAUAAA